AUGUUGAAAGUCAGGGAAGAAAUGAGAGAGGGAUGUUGUUGGAUAAUUGUGAAUGGUGGCAAUAUUGAUAUAUGGGAUGAUCCAUGGAUACCAAGCAUUCCAGCAAUGAAACCAGAGAAGAGGGAUAAUGGAGAUCAUGGUACAAAGAAGGUGAAAGAUCUUAUUAUACAAGGAGAACGGAGAACCCCUUCUACUUCAACUAAUAAUGAGCUUCCAUGGAAGAAAUAUUGGAGUGUGAGAAAUAUCCCUCCAAGAAUUCAAAUGUUUGGUUGGAGAAUGCUCAAAAAUGGUCUCCCUGUAGCUAGCAAUAUCAAGAAGCACAUUCAAGGAAUAAAUGAUGAUUGCAGGUUGUGUGAAAGACACACUGAAUGCAUGGAGCAUCUGUUUUUAUACUGUCAGCUGACUCAGGCAGUACUCUUUGCUUCACCAUUAAGUCUCAGAAUUGGGGAGUGCCCAAAUUUAUCAGUUAAAGACAUCAUUUUUAUGUGGCUGGAAGAAGGGGGUGACUAUGCUAAACUGGGAAUGGGAUUGUGUGUUUUAUGGGCAAUAUGGAAGGGUAGAAAUGAUGUUGUCUUUAACAAGAAGAAGUUCAAUAUAAGGGAGAAGGACUACUGGGAACCACCGGAAGGAGAGAAAAUAAAGAUCAACUUUGAUGGAGCUGCAGGGCCAAAAGGAUUCGCUUGUGGAGUAAUUGCCAGGGAAAAAAGGGCUAAGGUGCAGGGGUGCCAAAACAAGAUAAUUGACUACUGCACAGCAGUUGAAGCAGAGGCAUACAGUGCAGGUCUGGCAGUGGAGCUGGGGAUCAAUAAAGGAUUCAGAGACAUCAUCCUGGAAGGUGACUCACUGAACGUUAUAAAUGCACUGAGAUAUAAGCAUUACAACUCAAGCUGGAGGAUCCAGAACACCAUUAGCAGCAUCAGAGAUGACCUGAGAAAGUUCAACUCGGUGGAAUUCCGAAUUAUCAGAAAGAAUGCCAAUAACGUGGCACAUAAUCUAGCAUCUCUAGCUGCAUCUACCCACACUUCGAAUGUGUGGCUAUCUUCCCCUCCUCUGAGUAUUGUUCAUCUCAUUGAGAAUGAGCAGUAUGCUACUAGCUAG